AACCAACAAUCAAAAAAAAUAUCCACCACUUCCAUUUUUAUUUUAUUUUAUUUAAAAAAAGAGACAAAAAUAAACAAAAGCAAAAAAGAACACCCACUCUCUCAGUUCGUGAGCCAGCUGUUUGCUACUGCUGCUCGGCUCCCAUGGCAGCGCUACUAACCAUCUCUCCUUUCUUAGCUUUCCUUCUGUUUCUCCUAGCCAUACUAUCAUCAGAUUCCUACAAUUUUACGGCACAUACGCAGUUCUCAAUCAGAGAAGCCACAAUCGACGAUCUCCAACUGGCUUUCCAGCACAACAAACUCACUUCCAGGCAACUGGUCGAGUUCUAUCUUAGAGAAAUCCGCAGGCUAAACCCAAUCCUUAAAGGGGUAUUAGAAGUGAACCCAGAUGCUCUUUUCCAUGCAGAUAAAGCUGACCAAGAACGCAAGGCUAAGGGGGCGGCAACAGCACUAUUUUCUCGCUCAAAGUUGCAUGGAAUUCCAAUUCUGGUGAAGGACAAUAUUGCCACCAAGGACAAGAUGAACACCACCGCUGGCUCUUUUGCACUGCUUGGCUCGGUUGUUCGUCGCGAUGCUGGUGUGGUGAGGAAGUUGAGGAAGGCAGGUGCUAUUAUAUUGGGAAAGGCCACCUUGAGCGAGUGGUCCUAUUUCAGGUCCGACCAAGCGCCUGCCGGUUGGAGCGCCAGAGGCGGCCAAGGAGUGAACCCUUAUAAUUUAUCGGUGACACCAUGUAGCUCGAGCAGUGGAUCAGCCAUAUCAGUCGCUGCAAAUAUGGUGGCGGUGACGCUUGGUACAGAGACUGAUGGCUCCAUUUUAUGUCCAUCAAGCUGGAACUCUGUGGUUGGCAUCAAACCAACAGUCAGUCUCACUAGUCGAGCAGGGGUCGUUCCCAUUUCUCCUAGACAGGACACUGUUGGGCCAAUUUGCAGGACAGUGGCAGAUGCAGUUCACGUUCUUGAUGUCAUUGUUGGCAUUGACAACAAUGACAAUGCAACAAUUGAGACAUCCAAGUACAUUCCUAAAGCUGGCUAUGCACAGUUUCUCAAACGAGAUGGGCUUAAAGGAAAGAGGAUAGGAAUAGUGAGAAACCCCUUCUUCGACUUCGGCAACAACACUUUUCUCAAUCAGACAUUCAAGCAACAUUUCAAGACUUUGAGGCAAGAAGGUGCUAUUUUGGUUGACCAUCUAGAAAUAACCAACAUCGAAGAGAUCCUUGGCAAUUCGAGCGGUGAACAUACUGCUUUGGUUGCAGAGUUCAAAAUAUUCUUGAACUCAUACCUAAAAGAAUUAGUGGCUUCCCCAGUGAGAUCUUUGGCAGAAGUGAUAGCCUUCAACAAUAAAAACUCCAAACUGGAAAAGGUGAAGGAGUAUGGGCAAGGCACAUUUUUGAAAGCAGAAUCAACAAAGGGUAUUGGAGAUGUGGAAAAAGCUGCAUUGUUAAAUUUGGAGAAAUUGGCAAAAAAUGGUUUUGAGAAGGUGAUGAGGAAGAAUAAGCUAGAUGCAUUGGUGGCUGCUGGGGGGCUUGCUACACCAUAUCCACUUCUUCCUCAAGUGCUUGCAACUGGGGGUUUCCCGGGGAUAAUUGUCCCAGCAGGAUACAUAGAUAGUGUGCCUUUCGGUGUUUGCUUCGGUGGACUAAGAGGUUCAGAGCCAAAACUUAUUGAAAUUUCUUAUGCUUUUGAGCAAGCAACUAAAAUCAGGAAGUCUCCUUCAUUUAAGGAUUGAAGUUGAAAGCUUAAUUUAAAAACAGGGGAUUUCCCUUUUAAUUCUAAUGUUGACUUACUACUUUUUACAUAAUCUUAGUAAAAAAUAAUUAAAGAUAAUCAUUACAAUGUUAUUGGUAUUUUACCUGUUAUUUGGGACAGCAUCCGUGUUGGAAAUUUAUAUUGGCCUGGUCUUUAGGAAGUUUGUUUAUUGUUGAGUACAUGUUCAAUUCCGUUGGGUAAUGUCUAGUCUUUAACUAGUCUUGAGGAAUAUUGUUACUGUAGGAUAGUGGUCCUAUUUUUAUGUAUUACUUGUUUUUAUUUUGGUUGAAUUUGUUAGAUGUAAUGUCUAUAUAAGCACUGCACUUUGAAUAAAAGAGUAUCUUUCGAUGUUAUAUGGUUUUCUA